GCUGUGGGAUAGUGGCAGUAUAAAGUAUAUCCUCUCUCGGACAGAGAUAAGAAGCCCAAGGCAGGAGGGGAUGAAGAUGGCGGACGCCAAGCAGAAAAGGAAUGAACAGUUAAAACGGUGGAUAGGCUCGGAGACAGACCAAGAGCCACCUAUCCUGAAAAAGAAGAAGACGAAGGUGAAGUUCGACGAUGGCGCCGUGUUUUUGGCAGCCUGCUCCGCCGGCGAUACCGAGGAGGUGCUACGAAUGCUGGACCGGGGAGCUGACAUCAACUACGCCAAUGUAGACGGUCUCACUGCCCUACAUCAGGCCUGCAUAGACGAUAACGUGGACAUGGUGACGUUCCUGGUGGAGCACGGGGCGGGCAUCAACCAACCUGACAAUGAGGGCUGGAUCCCUCUUCACGCUGCGGCCUCUUGUGGAUAUGUGGACAUAGCCGAGUAUCUAAUCAGUAAGGGUGCAAGUGUGGGCGUGGUCAAUAGCGAGGGGGAGACGCCAUUGGACAUCGCCGAGGAGGAGGCCAUGGAGGAGCUUCUGCAGAACGAGAUCAACCGACAAGGAGUGGACAUCGAGGCGGCCAGGAAAGAGGAAGAGAGGAUCAUGCUGCGAGACGCGCGGCAGUGGCUCAACAGUGGCCAAAUCAACGACGUGCGGCAUGCCAAGUCGGGAGGCACGGCAAUGCAUGUCGCCGCUGCCAAGGGAUACACAGAGGUUUUAAAGCUUUUAAUCCAGGCAGGGUAUGAUGUAAAUAUUGAAGACUAUGACGGCUGGUCUCCCCUCCACGCCGCAGCUCACUGGGGGAAAGAGGAGGCAUGUAGAAUACUUGUGGAGCAGCUGUGCGACAUGGAAGUCAUCAAUAAAGUGGGUCAAACAGCGUUUGAUGUAGCCGAUGAGGACGUCCUCGGCUAUUUAGAGGAGUUGCACAAGAAACAGAAUCUGCUUAUGAGCGAGAAGAAGGACGUGAAGAAGUCACCUUUGAUAGAAACUACCACCACUGGGGAUAACAAUCAGUCACUGAAACCACUGAAGAGCAAAGAGACUCUCCUGCUGGAGCCGGAGAAGACUGCGCCACGCAUUGAGACCUUGGAGCCAGAGAAGGUGGACGAGGAAGAGGAGGGCAAGAAGGACGAGUCCAGCUGUUCCAGCGAAGAAGAGGAGGAGGAAGACUCAGAGUCUGAAAAUGAAGCAGAGAAGAGUAAACCGGCCACUACAGCCAGAGAUACCAACAGCACAACCCCAGCGCCAGCCACAGUUUCCUCCCCAACUAGUCCAACCAACCAGGUGACCCCCACCUCGCACGUCAAGAAGGAGACCGCGGCCUCUGCAUCCGUCGAGGAGAGCACUGCAGAGGAGUCUGAGUUUAUUACUCCCCUCACACCUGUGGCGGAGCCAGGCUGUCCUGCAUUGUGGCGUCAAGGCUUGCGCAAAACUGGCAUUUCUCUUGUGCCCAAAAAAGCUAUGCUCGCCUCGUCUGGUGGCAAAGUUUCGCCCAGGGACGACAGCAAGGAUGAAUCGCCGUCCUCGUGGCGCCUGGGUCUGCGCAAGACGGGCAGCUAUGGCGCCCUGGCCGAGAUCACCGCCACCAAGGAGGCCAGUAAGGAGAAGGACACGGCCGGCGUGAUGCGCUCUGCCUCCAGCCCCCGCCUGUCCUCCUCGGUGGACAACAAGGACAAAGAAAAGGAGAAGGAGAAAACCCGACUGGCCUAUGUGGCUCCCACCAUCCCCAGGAGGCUGGCCAGCACGUCCGACAUCGACGAGAAGGAGAACAGGGAUUCUGCUGCUAGUUUGGUACGCAGUGGCUCCUACACCAGGAGACGCUGGGACGAUGACCUGAAGAACAGUGAAGGAACCGCGUCCCAGAACAGAACCAGCUAUCAGCGCAGCACGUCCCACACGCUAGCGCUGGGCCGGAGCGGCAGCACGCGGGACGUGCCGGCCAAGUCCCCCUCGGCCUCCAGCCUGGACCCUAACACCUGUAACACUAAACCCUGGCAGUCCUCGUCCUACUACCAGUCUUACAGCAUUCACCGAAGCGGUUCGUUUGGACGGAGGAACGAGGACUCCUCCACCACCACCCCCUCCACUACCACCACCACCACCUCCUCCACCCUGAGCGGCGGCUCCAGCGUCACCUCCCCCUCCGGCCACCGCAGCCUGCUGUCCAGCCUGGGCUCGGGCUCGUCCUCCACCUCUAGCCGCCCCUCCGCCACCAGCCUCUCCAGCAGGUACUGGGCGGAGGAGAGCGCGGAGAGGGAGAAGGAGAAAGAGAGGGAGUCGGCCGCGGUCAUCCCCACCAUCAACACUGCUUCCACCACCACCACCUCCACCUCCACUACUGGCACUGUGCUGGGCUCGGAGAGCCGAGAGCGACGCAGAUCAUACCUCACUCCUGUCCGCGAUGAAGAGUCGGAGUCCCAGAGAAAGGCCCGUUCCAGACAGGCCAGACAGUCUAGAAGGUCCACCCAGGGGGUGACCCUGACCGACCUGCAGGAAGCGGAGAAGACCAUCGGGCGCCCUCGCCCCAGCACGCGCCGCGAGGACGAGAAGGACGAGAGGGAGAAACAGGACAAGGAGAAACAGCAGGAGGAGAAGAAGGAGACGGAGACUAAAGAGGAUGACUACAGGUCACGCUACGAGAGCUAUCAGCGCUACCGGCCCGGCUCGUCCUCCUCUGCAGCCAACACCACGUCCAGCGCGGCGCCCACCACCACCUCCUCCAGCAGCUCGCUCUACUCCUCCAGCGCUCUCAACCGCCCCAACAGCCUCUCCGGCAUCACCUCCACCUACAGCCGCUCCUCGCGUGACACAGAGAAAGAGUCGGAUAAGAAGGAGGAGGAGAAGGAGGGCGAGGACAAGUCCCAGCCGCGCUCCAUACGGGAGCGCCGACGCCCCCGAGAGAAGAGGCGCUCCACCGGGGUCCCCUUCUGGACUGCGGAUAGCGACGAGAAUGAUCCGGAUCAACAGUCCGACUCAGAAGAGGGCAGCACUAAAGGCGAACCACAGAGUGACCGGCUGUCCAGGAACGACUCGACUAGCACUUCCUCCAUCGACCGUUACGAGCACCUGUCAAGCCGUGGCUAUGGCGAAGGGCGGAGGCCGUACAGUAGCCGGCUGGAGAGAGACGACAGCACUGAUUAUAAGAAGCUUUACGAGCAGAUCCUAGCAGAAAACGAGAAGCUGAAGGCGCAGUUACGCGACACGGAUCUGGAGCUGGCCGACCUGAAGCUCCAACUGGAGAAGGCCACACAGAGGCAGGAACGCUUCGCUGAUCGCUCGCAGCUGGAGAUGGAGAAAAGGGAAAGAAGGGCUCUAGAAAGGAAGAUUUCUGAGAUGGAGGAGGAACUUAAGAUGCUACCAGACUUGAAAGCAGAUAACCAGAGACUAAAGGAUGAAAAUGGAGCCCUGAUUCGAGUCAUUAGCAAGCUUUCCAAAUAGAACAGAACCUUACACCCCCCCCCCCCCCCCAUUCACCUGCUGCCCCCCUUCUCUCGGUGUCUGUGCCACCCCCCCCACGUCCCAACCCAUGGCAGCAAACUAAUGGUAUUGCACAUUUAGAUAUUAAUUGCAAACAGACAUGAGUGACAAGAAAAGCUCCUUCUCUCCUGAUCAGUCUUUUCUCUGUUUUUUACACCGUUUUAUUUUCUAUUUUUUCCCCCUCUCUCUCUCUCUCUCUCUCUCUCUCUCUCUCUCUCUCUCUCUCUCUCUCUCUCUCUCUCUCUCUCUCUCUCCUUUGUAUCCUCUUUGUACCCCCUUUUUGCUCACUCCUCCACUGCAACACUCACCCCACCCUCCCUCACACGUUCUCCGUUAGAUUGUUCAUAUAAAAUGAUUAUGUUUCUUUUACACCGCUGACCCUAGACAGGACCACUGAGUUUACAGCAAGCGACAGCGGUGCAAACAGCAUUCAGAAGAAGAAGAUAAAAAAAAAAAAAAAUAAGUUGAAAAUCCUAGUGGGCAGGGAACGCCUCGAAAACUAUUUAACCAAUAAGCCUUAGUUGUAUAUAAAUGAAAGAAGGAAGACAAUGAGAAACACUUCGCUUUGAUCUCUUGGGAUGUCACAGAAGAACAGUUAUAUUCACCACCUUUUUUUUUUUAAUUUUAUUUGUGCCACAGAAUUUUUUUUCUUUCUUUCUUUCUUUCUUUCAUUUAUCCCCCCCCCCCAUGUCCCCUUCUUUCCUUCCCUCCGUACCAAUGUCUGUGUUAUAAAGGGGAGUUUAGGCAUGGUGCUGGUCUCCCUCAAGCCCUGUGUGUCACCCCCCCCCUUGCCCAAAGUGCCACACAUGUCCUCACGCCUCCCUAAAGGCCUGGAGGCUCUGACCUUUCAACAUUCCCCUUCUGUGCUUCUGGACACACACAUACACACACCACACACCACACACACACGUCUCUCCCCAUGCCUCUGGAUGAACCUGUGUGUUGGCAUGAUCCUCUAGGAGGGCAAACGAAUUUCUCGCUUUACUGAAACAGGUGGACCUGGUGGAAUUUAAGCUUUCACUGUAUGUGCAAUAUGCAUUUCUUUCAUAUUAAAAAAAAUGCUUUAAUGACGAGUCCCAUCACUAUUAAAGGGUUUUCUCCUUUUUCGUCCCCCACCUCCAUCGCUUGCUCCCACCUCUCCUCCCUCUCUCUUUCCCUCUCCAAUUUUUUUUCUCUCUUUUUAAAGUUUGUAGUGUAGUCGUUGGUUUAUAUUCUUAAAU